AUGGCCCCCGACAAACCCCUUCCCCUCCCCCUCGCCCCCGACCGCGCCGCCCUCUCGAACCGCAUCUCCCUCCUCCUCUCCGCCCAGUCCUCCGUCCUCAAGACCAUGAACCAGCAGUCAUCCUCCUCCGGCGCCGCCACCGCCAAGCGCCAACCCUCCAAGCACCACCGCCCAGACGAGGAGGAGCUGUUCCGGGAGUACGCCCGCCCCAACGAGGGCGUGGGGUACGUCGCCGACGCCGCCAAGGCCAAGAGCGACGAGGCCGCGAGGGAGGACCGGAUGCUGAGGGGCCGGCUGCUCGGCAAGCGCAAGGAACUGAAUGCCGGGAGGCGGGGGGGGCGGCAGGCGGAUGAGGACGAGGAGGAUGACGAGGGCGGCAGGAGCUCGCUGGGGAAGAGGAAGAGGCCGAAGAGGGUAGCGGAAACUGCCCAGGAGGCGGUCGAGGUAGAAACAAGCUCCCAGGCUCGUGAGGACAACGUGGAGCAGGACCAAACAGAAGAAGGGCACAAUGACUUGGACGACACGAGAACGAGUCAGAGCAGGGAGCCAGGUAGUUCCGAUACACCAGACCACAAUCAGUCGACUGCAGAAGCACAAACAAAGAAGAAGAAAAAGAAGAGGAAGAACAAGAACAAGAAAAUCCAAGAAUGA